UUCUACUUUGUACAUGUAUACAAACUGUAUUGUAUAUAAAAGUAACGUUGUAUUUACAUUAUUAUCUAAGUACGCGUAAUUUAAGAUUAUUAACGUGCACUUAUAGUGAGCAAAUAGGCGUGAUCAAGGUCAUAUGGACGACCAACUGAAUAGAGUUUGCGAUCGUCUUAAAUGGUCCUGCAUUCAGUUGGAUAACUGCAGGUCCAGUGUAGAGCAUCCAAAUCAGGAAUUAGAAAGAACGAUAAAGUUACGAGAAAGACAAGUAUUGAAACUAAAGCGAGAUCUCAAGGAAGCCAACGAAGAAAUCUUUACUCUGAAAGCUAAGCAUGAAGAAGAAAUCAAAGCAAAAGACGACUGUAUAUCAAAGUUAAAAGAACAAGUUAUGCAACUUGAAAAUGAACUGGAUAUUGCAGUGGAAAUGAAAAGUAAACCUAACAAAACGGACGACCACCUCAUGAUCUCAAAGGCAAAGAGCAGUGCCCAGAUAAGAGAAGUUUCUGAAACAUAUAAUGAGUUAUAUGAUACACACCAUUCUCUAGCUUUUGAGGAAUUAGAGAGGAAAAUGAACGAAGAGGAAAUAGUAAACAUUUUACUAAAGACACUUUAUGAUGUUAUGAAGUAUACAGAAGAAGCCCGACAAGAAAAACUUUUCAGGUUAAGAAAUCCUACGCUGGAAUCUGCUUUUGAGAAAUACGUCAGUCAUUCGCUCAAAUCGAAUCGUGGUGAGAUUGCAAAGCAUUACGAUUUGAUAAAACCGUACGUCAGAAAGUGCUUCGAAAUUUGCUGGCAAAUAAGUGGCUACAAAGGUCAAUUUCAACUGCAAAGAGGAGCUAAAAAUGGCGAUACCUUCUCAGCAGAUACAUACAAAACUUUCACAAAAACGGGAGAAACUAUUGACUAUAUUGUGUGGCCACCGCUGUUAUAUAUCGAUUCGGAUUGUACUUCUGUAGUUUGCAAAGGAGUUGCACAGUGUCAGAAAUAGCUUUUUGUUGUAUUUCCUCUGUAAAGUUACAGACAAUUUCUGAAGAUUUGAGAGGUUUUACUGCAAUAAUUUCUUCUCACAUAUACUACUCGGUAUUUAUAGCGAAAAAUAAAGA